AUGUCUUCUGGGCUGGCCUCCGAUGAAGUGGCCGAGGAUUACAAGAACUCCUUGGAAGAUCUAACCACCAAUGACAGGUUUCAAAUCAGCAAUCUCACAGUCAUUGCCAAAGAGAAUACAGAACAUGCAAUGGCCAUCUCCCGCGUGCUGGAGAAUCACAUUCGAACAACACCGCCGGCUCAGAAAUUGCCUGCCUUGUAUGUAGUCGACUCGAUCGUCAAGAACGUAGGGACGCCCUACACCUUGUUCCUGGGUCGCAAUAUGUACCAGACGUUCAUGAAUGCCUACACCUUGGUGGAUUCGCAAACUCGCCGCAAGCUCGAUGAGAUGCUCAAGACAUGGAAAGAGCCCGUCCCAGGCUCUUUAGAUACCAGGCCCGUCUUCCCUCCAGAGAUCACGCGCAGUAUCGAAAGUGCCUUGAUCAAGGCGAGGACUGCAGCCCUUCAACAACAGCAAGCCCGAAGCCAGCACGAGAUUCUGACGCGCGGUCGAAAUGGAACUCCCCUUGGCUGGUCUAACACCCAACCACCAGCACAGACUAUGGCCCGGUACCCGCCAGCCUCAAGUCAGACCGUGCCGGUCCAUUCACAGCGGAAUGGGGCAGGUCAUGCAUAUCCACCCUCGGGGGACACGCAUGUUGCGCGCGCUACGCCCACAAUCCAAGUCCAACAACGCUUAGAGAUUGAUUUGUCGGCGCUGAACCGGGACAUAGAAGCCUUAAUUGCCACGGCCCGCGUUGAUUUCGCCAACAAUCAUCUGGACCCAUCUGUGCAGCAGCGAUUGAAAGCUCUUCUCGACCUGCAGGGUAUCUUACAACGCCACGAGCUCACCCAAGAGCAAUUGAAACUGGUUCGUGAUCAGGUAUCGGCAUUAGCUCCAAAGCCCGUCAUCCCUGUUCCUCCAGCCCAAACGGUGCCGGCUGUGUCGACUCCUCCAGUAGCUGCUACACCGCCGACUCAUACGCAUUCGCAGCCUCUUCAGCAGUUGCUUAACCCGGGCAUGCUGGCCGGGCUUAUCAAAGCCACCGCUGCACGUCAGCAGCCCACUCCACCGCCUCAGCUAGCUGGGAUUUUGCCGCAGAUACCGGUGAUGAGCAACACGCCCCAUCCUGCUGUUCCUGCGGCGCCGGAGAACCCUCUCAUUGCUGCUUUGCGAGCGCAGGGGCUGUUGCCACCGGCAUCAGCACCUCCGACUGCGUCCACUGUUCCUCCUUCUAAUAUUGCCAGCGCCUUCCCUCUCAUCGUGCCUGGCCAAGUACGGUAUACGCCCCCUAUACCCACACCGCAGGCUCAAGGUAUCACUGAAGGGCAGUUGAAUGUGCAAUUGAAUACGGCGUCCAUUAAAAUCCCACGGCACACGCUGAUUGCCACCCUUUAUGAAAUGCGCUCCAAUCGUUGUGGGACUUGUGGCCGUCGAUUUUUCGCGACGGAAGAGGGAAAGGAACGGAAAGCCCGUCACCUGGAUUGGCACUUCCGGACCAACCAACGAAUGUGUGAUGCUGCCAAACGGGCCCAAAACCGCAGUUGGUAUGUUGACGAACGGGAUUGGAUCAAAUCCCGAGAAGCAGGAGACGACCAAGAUCUGGCAGAGACAGAAGCAUCCGGUGACACAGCUGGCGGACAUGACAGCAACGUAGCCAAGAAAGGGCCGUCGAAGCCGUGGAUCCGCGCGCCCAAUGACGCUGCUUUGCGGAAUACUCCUUGUCCUAUCUGCCAGGAGAAAUUUGAGUCCACCUGGUCAGAGGAAGUGCAGGAUUGGAUUUGGCAAGAUGCGACUAAGGUUGGGAGUCGCGUCUAUCAUGCCAGCUGCUAUGCCGAAGUGACCAAGGAAGGACCAAAUCCAGCUAACAGAGGGGCGCCACUGGCCCGAACCGGAACUCCAGACUCUGUGUUAGGUAAACGCAAGGCAGAGGGGACCAACUCCCCGGGCCAGAACGUACGGAUCAAGACAGAGCCCGUCUGA